AUGGCCUUCCACAGUCGCGUCGCCGGUAUACAGGCGUGGAUUGAAGUCGCUGGAGCCCGAACAACCCACUACGAUGAUCAUGAUGCCAAAGAGGCAAACAAGAGAGACCUCACAACGACCACGAAGUACAUCGAGUCUGUGAGCGGCGCUUCGUUCACUGUGAACUUCCAGGUCGAGAACACUUACAACUGGGGCUUCCCCAGCCACGACCUGGAGGUGCGCUGCUACGUCAACGGCCAGUGGGAGGCAAUGUACUUCGUCAGCAAGAUUCACACAGUGCUUGGCCCUCACACUGGUCGCUUCACAGGGAAGCCCGGCAUCAGCAGUCAAGGCCAGAUGGCCAACGAGGACUUCAAGUUUGCAUCGAUCGAGACUGUUGAUGACAUCCGCAAGGAGCGCGUUCAGAAUGACAUGAAGAUUGCCAAAGGUCUUGGAGCCAUUGAGCUGCGCUUCCAUCGCUGCUUUCUGACCGGUUGGCAGCCAUACCAGGACCCUCAGCCCCAGUCCAACACACCUACCGCCAUCGCUGAGAAGGCACUGAAAGGCCGAUCGAUCUCGCACACCGUCGCUCAUGAACAGUCGCGGGUUGUUAGCCAGAUGAGAGUCACCCACUUCCAGAACCGUCGGUACUGGCAGCAAGAUGAGCAUCGACCUCUGGCCAUCUUCCGCUUCCUCUAUCGCUCACGAGAGGACCUGGAGAAGGAGCUCAUCAUUCCGCGAGCUGCAACACCGCCUGACGCCUUGAUCAACCUGUCCCGUGAAGAAAUCAAUCGAUUGGCAAUGGAGAGGCUGGAUCAACUCAAGGUCGAGCAGGAGUCUCAGCAGAAGAACCAGACUAAACAGAAGGAGCCUAAGCCAGACAAGGAGACCGAAGAGGACAAGGAGGCAAAGGAGAAGACCAAACUCGCGAUCAAGAGAGAGCGUGAUGAUAGCCCCGACGGCGGCCAUUGUGAAGACGACUCACGAGCCACGAAGCUCCCCCGACACGAUGCUUUCGACGAUGAGGAGUUCAUUGACUUGACUGAAGAAUGA